CUCACCACACGCCGUGUCUUCGAUCGGUUGCCAAUGACGAGUUGCCUCUGACAGUAAGUCGGUCCAUUGAUUUGCGAUGCACCCACAGGCACAGCCCGCCUGAUGAUGCGUCGCCAUUGCAAAUCAUUAAGCCGCUGCAGUGGGAGGGGGACGUUGGUGGUACUUGGUUGAUGGAGGAGAAGAGUAUGAGAAGUGAAGUCACUCUCUCUCCUCUCAGCCGUCUUACAGAGCCGGCCCCAGGCUUUGGACCCAACGCCAAUCACCAUCACCCGCUCGACCCUCCUUCCCCUGCUCCGUCUUUUCCUUCUUCUCCCCUUCCCUUUUCAAACGCCUUCCUCCUCUUUCCCCCCUUCCCCCAAUUCAUUCGUUUGGUGUUUUGGUUCCCCCCGUGUUGUGACUACCCUACAACACAUCACAUUCCUUUUCAACCCAUCCUCCCCCGUCAAUUCUUGACAUCACUCGCUUCCGAGCUUUACCGCUCAUCAUGAAGUACUCCGUUCUCGCCGGUCUGUCCCUCGUGGGCUCGGCGUUGGCCACCGUCCCUGCCAUUGAGAUCAAGGGCAAGAAGUUCUUCUAUUCCAACAACGGUACCGAGUUCUUCAUCCGUGGUGUUGCCUACCAGGCCGAUUACUCCAGCCCUACCAGCGGUUCCAGCAGCUCCAGCGACAACUACGUCGACCCUCUGGCUGAUGUCGAGAGCUGCAAGCGUGACAUUCCCUACCUGGUCCAGCUUCGCACCAACGUUGUCCGCACUUACGCCGUGAGCCCCAACUCUUCCCACGACGAGUGCAUGAGCGCCCUGGCCGAUGCCGGUAUCUAUGUCAUCUCCGAUCUGUCGGCGCCCUCCCAGUCCAUUCAGUCCGACGACCCCACCUGGGAUGCCGAUCUGUUCACGCGCUACUCCCAAGUCAUCGAUGCCUUCGCGAAGUACCCCAAUGUGAUCGGUUUCUUCGCCGGUAACGAGGUUGCCAACAAGAUCAACAACACCGCCUCCAUGGCCUACGUCAAGGCCGCCGUCCGCGACAUGAAGACCUACAUCAAGCAGAAGAACUACCGUACCUCCCUGGCCAUUGGUUACGCUACCGAUGACGAUGCUACCGUCCGUGAGCAGGUCUCCAACUAUCUGGUCUGCGACACCGCCGAUGACUCGAUCGACUUCUUCGGUUACAACAUCUACGAGUGGUGUGGUGAGUCCAGCUACUCUACCUCCGGCUACGAGGAUCGCACCAAGGAGUUCGCCGACUACCCCGUCCCCGCAUUCUUUUCCGAGUACGGCUGCAAUCAGCCCCGUCCCCGUCCCUUCACGGAUGUGCCCGUCCUUUUCGGCCCCAAGAUGAACAACGUCUGGAGCGGUGGUAUCGUCUACAUGUACUUUGAGACCUCCAACGAGUUCGGUCUGGUCUCCACCAGCGGCAACAGCGUCAAGACCCUGCAGGACUUUGAGAACCUGUCUUCCCAGAUGAAGUCGGCCACUCCUACCGGUGUCAACAGCGCCAGCUACUCCGCCACCACCACCGUGGGCCGCAGCUGCCCUACCGUCGAGGCCGGCUACUGGCUGGCUGCCAGCGUCCUGCCCCCCUCCCCCAACGCCGAUCUUUGCGAGUGCAUGUACAACGAGCUGGAGUGUGUGCCCGUUGACGACAUCUCCACUAAGAAGAUGACCGACACCUUCAACUACCUGGGUGGUGUCAAGGGUGCCAUGAGCGGUGUCUCCACCAACUCCACCGCGGGCACGUACGGCGCCUACUCCAUGUGCAAUGCCAAGCAGCGUCUGGGUUGGGCCAUGAACCGCUACUACCAGCUCAACAGCAAGUCCAGCGACGCCUGCGGUUUCUCCGGUGCGGCCAAGACUACCAAGGCCACCACUGCCUCCUCCUGCUCUGCUCAGUCCUCUGCCAUGAGCGCCAUCGGUACCGCUGGUACCAACAACGUGAACGGUGGUCUGGUUGCUUCUGGUAGCGCCACUGGCGGCUCCACCUCUACCUCCAAGGGCGCUGGCGCCAUGACUCUUAGCCCCCAGGCCGUCUAUGUUGGUGCUUGGCAGACCGGGGCUUACGCGGUUGCCGCGAUCGCCUCUGGCCUGUUCAUGAUCAUGCUGUAAACCUUGUCCCCUAACAACCAAAAAUGGGCUCUUGUAUCGUUUUCUUUUUUUUCCAAACUUUUUGUUUUCUGUGAUAUACUGGGACUGCGGAGAAAGGUUGCUCUCGAGUACUAUACCCACAGUUGAUAAGGUCCUCCUGUACCAGGUACCAACCGACUUCAAUUGCAAUAGGUCAUGCUGGAAUAAGCUCUUUGCAGAUGAAAUCCACCCAAUGGCACCACAUUCUACCCUAAUCUCAUCUUCUAGAACGCCUCCACCG